AUGUCGUGGAGACAAUGGCCGGCGAUUACCGACGUCGACGAACACGUGUUUGAGCUCUACACUGAGUGUGGUCCGGAGGAGAACCAGAAUCUUGGCUACGUCGACCGGCUGAGUGACUUGGUGCAGGUUGAGCUCGCGGACGGUACCGAUCUCACCAUUCGCCAGCUGUGGAGUGAAGUGAUCCAUAAUGAGCUGUCCACAGGGUUUAUCUGCUGGAAAGCCCUGGUGAACUUGGUGGACUGGUGGAGUGAUGGCCCCUUAAGUCAGCUCUUGACGGCAGACACGAUGGUGGUGGAGUUGGGUGCCGGAGUUGGCGGGAUUCUUGCCCUGCAACUAGCUCGUAAGUGUCGUAGCUACGUUGCUACUGAUCAGAAGCUGAUACUCAAGCUUUUACAGGCAAACCUACGGGAGAACGGUGCCUCCGCUCAGGUGAAGGUGGCUGAAUUCGACUGGGAAUACGUCGAGCAUGGCGUGUACCUGGUGCGGGAGGUGGAGCUGGACCCCAUCGACGUGGUGCUUGCCAGCGAUACCAUCUACAACGAGUACCUUGUCCCACACUUCAUUGAGGCUGCUCAUGCCAUUCUUCGGCCCCAGGGGGUCGCGGUAGUGGCGGUGCCUCUCCGCCACCCCGAGCUCAUUGACUGCUUUGUUGCCGAGGCAAUUGAGCGCAAUCGCUUUGUAGUUCGAGCCGUACCAUCUCAGAAAUUGUCAGAAGCACUUCGCCGUGGCUACGUGGUGUAUGUUAUGGAGCGGUCAUCAUCGUAA